AGUUCAACGUUGGCGGGAAUGUUAAAACGUGAUAAAGUGUUCGUGUCAGAGGCUGCAGGCUAUCCACAAUGAAAACAUAGCCUAAUAAUAAAAUAGGCAGAUAUUAAAUUGUCCCCGUGCAGGAGUGUACCUAAAGCCUUCAUUUAGAAUAGUGUGGACAUAGUAGGCUACACACUCAACAUAAUGAGGAAGUAGACGAAUAUGAUCUGAUAUCAGAGGGCAGAUCGAGGUGAAGUGAACAGAUGGAUUCCUGCACACAGAGCGGGGAGCGUUCGGGACGGAUAUGAGCAAGUAUUUUUGAAAUGAAUGUCGAGAAAGCCGUCAUGAGCAGCCCUGAGAUCAGCUGACGAGCACCUGAUCCGCUCAGCUGAUGCACGCGCAGCUGAUCGCUGCUGUCAGUUUUUGCAGUUACUAGUGAAUCCUUUCCCGGCACAAUGAUUGUGAGGAGGGUGGAAAAGACAGUUCUGAGUGUGGAACAGUCGGAGGGAGUCGGUGCUCGUGUCCGCAGGAGCAUCGGUAGAAAAGAGCUAAGAAACCUGGAUCCUUUCCUGAUGUUGGAUGAGUUCAGAGUGAGCAAGCCAGCAGGUUUUCCAGACCAUCCUCACCGGGGAUUUGAGACAGUUACAUAUGUUUUAGAAGGCAUCACGGCCCAUGAAGACUUCUGCGGCCAUUCAGGACAACUGAAAGCUGGAGAUCUGCAAUGGAUGACUGCAGGACAGGGGGUGGUCCAUGCUGAGAUGCCUGUGUCAGAGGAGCCCGUGGUGGGCUUACAGCUGUGGGUGAACCUGCCGAGACGAGACAAGAUGGUGGAACCGGCGUACCAGGAGCUUAAAGGCUCAGAGAUCCCCAAACCCAGCCAGGGAGGAGUUACAGUCGCUGUGAUAUCUGGAGAAGCUUUAGGAGCAAAGUCUAAAGUCUACACAAGGACACCGACCUUGUACCUGGACUUCAGACUGCAGACAGGCGCCCUGCAUGUGCAGCCAGUCCCCUCAGGAUGGACUACAUUCAUCUACACACUCUCAGGAUCCAUUCAUGUUGGCCCAGAUGAGGAGCAGCAGAAGGUGGAGCCUCAUCACACUGUGGUGUUUGGAGAUGGAGACUGCGUCAAAGUUAAAAACGAGGGCUCUGAAGUUUCCCAUUUUGUGCUGAUCGCUGGAAAACCAAUCAAAGAGCCUGUGGUACAGCACGGUCCGUUUGUAAUGACCACAGAGGAAGAGAUUGGACAGGCUAUCAGGGACUACCAGACUGGCAGAAAUGGCUUUGAAAGGGCAAAAAACUGGAAAUCAAAAAUCAGCAACUCUUUCUAAACACUACGCCUUGGUAGAAAUGUUAGCCUUACUUGUUUGCUGCUAUAGAAGCAUAUUUAAAAAGAUAUUUGUUUUGAUGUUUUAAAACAUGGGUAUUUUUCCCCUCAUGAAAUGUUCUGUACUUGUUUAUCGCACAUUAACUACUUUCCAGCACCUAUUUUAACUUGUUACAUGUCCCGUUGUUUGCCCAGUAGUAGUUAACCCUAGUAGUUCUACAUUGUAAAAUAUAUAUUUUAGGGAAAAAGUGUUUCUAACUGCUCUCCACUCCCCUUGUUAAAUUUAAGCUUUAUUACAUUUUCCUUCUGCUGUUUGAAAUAAAACAGUAGCAGAGCUGUUAGGA